AUGAAAGCCAUACUUCUGUUCUCUGUUCUCGCCUGCAUCCACUCUUCCUUUGCUCAUAUCGAAUCCUUCUAUUUUCCUGGCUAUGGCUUCAGCUGGUAUGACCCGGUGUGUGGUUUCGCAUGCUACAACAUCCUCUCCGGUGCCAUGCUCGAAUGUUCUUCACAAGAAAGCAUGCAUGGGAUGUCUCACGGCUCAGGCCCCACGUCUCCAGAAUGCUACGCUGGAGAUACUGCUUUCUUGACUUCGUUGGCCUACUGCAUGAACUGGACGUGCAAUGCUGAUGAUAUCGAGCCAUGGAGACGGGAAAGAUUCUGGGACAUGCAUGUGACUGGUGAUUCUGCCGUGCUUCCCAAAUGGUCUUACGCAGUUGCGCUGGAGCAGGUCGUCGAACCUCCUACAGUCACUUACAAUUCUUCCUCUCAUGAGGUGCUCAAUGAAACUCAGGCCGUCAGUGAGGAGGCUUAUGGGAUUCAGAGCAGGUUCAUGGUCAUGUUUGACCACAUCGAAGCCUUGCAGCCGAGAUAUAUGGGAGCACCCUACGCUAUUUUCUCCUAA